GCUAAGAAAAAACCACAGCAAAACACACGGGUGCAAUCCCAUAGAUAGAAUCCGCACGGACUGCGAUCAGGGAUCAAAUCCGCACGGGCUAAAACAAGCCAUCUUCAAAUCAGCAAAACACCAUCGCACAAGCCAACCGAACCAGCGUUCGGUUCUCUCCUUCAGCGUUGUUUGCGACGUCUGAGUGAUUGUAGAAAUGAAAAAAUAUGCCAUGUGCCAGGUAAAAAGAGCUUAUAGUGGCAAACGAUUAACUUUAAGUGGAGACAAGGUGUCAUUUUGGAAACCACUGCGGUUAAAAGUUUGCCGGAAAAAAAAAAUCGCCAAUAGACCAAGUGCCUGUCGCCAAUAGAAAGAAAAAGGCCAUCACUGACUGGAGAGAGAGAGAGAGAGAGAGAUCUCCCGAGGGGCGACGCCUCGCGAUUUCCAGCGGCAAGGUUCGAUUUUGAUCCCACCCCCAGAUUCCCCACCCCGAUUUGCCCCCAUUCGAGUCGCUGGUUCCUGCGGAGUACUGGAAAAAAAGAUCCCAAUAUUUUUUUUCCAGUUGCUGUUCGUGGCGCCGCCGCUUCCGUGCUGCGUGUUCCCGAUUCGGCAGUUGCUGGACUGAGGGGAGUUCUUGCGGUUGGAUUCCUAUUCGGAUCUGCGGAGGGGUCAGGUUUGUGACUCCAAUUCGACCAGCAAUGAGCGUUCUUGAAUCUUGAUACGGGACUAUACGGGACCAGAUGCGGGAGGCGUAUUGGGAGAAGGUUUCUUGAAAUUUCCGUUUGUGCUUCGUGGAGUGAAGUCUCUCGCUGGGAUCGCCCAAUCGUUCGAUGGGCUGUGUCAGUUCGAAGCAAUUCCAUGGUGGGGACGAGCGCGGGGACGGGAAGCCUCGCCGGCGACCCUCGAGCAACUCGCUGAAGCGUCUGGUUAGUUACAGUUCCAGCAAGAGGCAUGAGGAGUUGGAAGAGGAGGAUGAGGAAGGGGUGGUUGUGGUACCCACGUCCUCGAGCGCCGGACGUCGUGCUGGAAACGACGCGAGCACUGCGAGGCUGAUUCGGAAGCCCCCAGCACCGGUGGUUGAGGCAGUGCCGGCAUUGCCGGACAAGGCUGCCACUUUGGAGAUUGGUGUUGUUGAUGCAGAGAGGGCAGUAGCUGCUGCAUUUGGGAAUUGGAAGCCUGCUGCAGUGGAUGUACAAGUCAAUGGCGCGGCCAAGCAAGAGCCGAGGAGUGGUGGUGUUAGGAGUGAGGGGGAAACCAAACCAAGGAUCAGGGAUGUACCCAAUGGAGUCCAGGGGGAGCAUGUGGCAGCAGGAUGGCCAAGAUGGCUCACAGAGGUGGCGGCAGAGGCGGUUCGUGGGUGGCAGCCUCGGAGGGCGGAGUCUUUCGAGAAGUUGGACAAGAUAGGUCAAGGUACAUAUAGUAGUGUUUACAGAGCACGUGAUCUUGAGAACAGCAAAAUUGUGGCUCUUAAGAAAGUGCGGUUUGCCAAUAUGGACCCUGAGAGUGUCCGAUUUAUGGCAAGGGAAAUUCACAUCUUAAGAAGACUUGAUCAUCCAAAUGUUGUGAAGCUUGAAGGUUUGGUGACAUCGCGCAUGUCGAGCAGCUUGUAUCUCGUAUUUGAAUACAUGGAGCAUGAUCUUGCGGGACUUGCAGCUACACCUGGCAUAAAAUUCACAGAGCCUCAGGUCAAGUGUUACAUGCAACAACUACUUUCUGGACUUGACCAUUGCCAUAGCCGCGGCAUUUUGCACCGGGAUAUAAAGGGUGCAAAUCUCCUACUUGACAAUAAUGGCAUUCUUAAAAUAGCAGAUUUUGGUCUAGCUACAUUCUUUAAUCCCAACCAAAAGCAGCAUUUAACAAGUCGUGUGGUAACAUUGUGGUACCGGCCUCCUGAGCUGUUGUUGGGUGCCACUAACUAUGGUGUUGCUGUUGAUAUAUGGAGUUCUGGUUGCAUUCUUGCUGAGUUGCUGUCAGGGAAGCCUAUCAUGCCAGGACGAACUGAGGUGGAACAGUUGCACAAGAUAUUCAAGCUGUGUGGUUCACCAUCAGAGGAGUUCUGGGCUAAUUUGAAGUUGUCCCGUGCUACCAUAUUCAAACCACAGCAUCCGUACCGCCGAUGUGUGAAUGAUGUUUAUAAGGACUUCCCUCCUGUUGCUUUAGCUCUUCUGGACCGUCUACUUGCUGUAGAACCUGGGAAUAGGGGUACUGCUGCAUCUGCUCUUGAGAGCGAAUUCUUCACGACAAAGCCUUAUGCCUGCGACCCAUCAAGUCUACCAAAAUAUCCUCCAAGCAAGGAAUAUGAUGCUAAGCUUCGAGAUGAAGAAGCUAGGAGGCAAAGAGCAGCUGCUAAAGGACAGGAAUCUGAAGCUGGACGGAGGAAGCAACUUCCUGCACCGGAUGGCAACAGUGGAUUGCAGCAACGACGAGUUCAGGUGAAUACCAAAAGCAGCAGUUAUAAGUUCACUCCAAAGGAGGAUGUUGUUUCUGGUUUUCCAAUUGAUCCGCCAGCAAGAGCUGCAGACAAUGGUUACCCUCAGCGGGUUCCUUUGAUGCAUGCUGGCCGUUCAUCCUCCACUCUGGGCAGAUCAAGUGGAAUGGAUCAAAAGACCCAAAGAUUUCACACCUCCCAGAUUGUUGCUGCUGAAAUGUCUAACCAAUCUAAUGCAUCCGGGCAGCGAGGCAAUACUCCUACUAAGUUGUCUAACCUUGGGAACAGUGCCAGGACACAGUAUUUGAGAGAGCAUCGGUCCAGUUCAAGAUACAGUCAGCUCACUGCUGCUGACCCUUCUGACAAAACCGAAUGGACUCAUCAAUUCCAAGAAAGGCCGUCAUCUUCCCACCGGAAGGAUGAUGUGGCCGCAAACAAGGAGCCUACAGUGGUGAGUGGUGCAAAGAAGAACAGAAUACACUACUCUGGACCAUUGAUGCCUCCUGGAGUGAACAUGGAAGAUAUCCUUAGAGAGCAUGAGCGGCAAAUCCAACAGGCCGUACGAAGAGCCCGUCUCGACAAGGGAAAGGGAAAGCACAACGGUGAUAGAGAAUAGUAAGAGGUGCUGCUCUAUACUACCGGGAAUGUCAGGGCUGAUCGCUAAGAAGUUCGGUUCCGUGUUGACCCUGAUUUGAGCAAUCAAAACCAUAGAAAAUAGUGUUCGAUCCCGUUAUUUUCCUGUCCCCCCUCAAACUGAGGUUUUUGCUUUGCCAGAAACUCCACACCUGACGUGGUUUGGUGCCCAGGAGGCAGCAGCAAAAGAAAACCUGCACCUGUAGAGAUUUACUAUCCUGAGUUUAGCAUAGGCUGUCUGAAAUAUUUUCUGAAGAUUGGUUGGUUAUCCAUAGUCAUCAAUUGUAUAUCUCGAGAGUACACUCCCUGAAAAUUGAUUCAUACACCUGUUGUGGCAUAUGACAAGAGAAAUACAAAUCAAAUUACAGGCCA